GUGCAUCUUAGUAGAGCAGUGACCUGUGGUUUCUUUUACUUGGAGAUCAUGCAGAGAGCUUCACGUCUGAAGAGAGAGCUGCACAUGUUAGCUACAGAGCCACCCCCGGGCAUCACAUGCUGGCAAGAUAAAGACCAAAUGGAUGAUCUGCGAGCUCAGAUAUUAGGUGGGGCCAAUACACCUUAUGAAAAAGGUGUUUUCAACCUGGAAGUUAUCAUUCCUGAGAGGUAUCCAUUUGAACCUCCUCAGAUCCGAUUUCUCACUCCAAUUUAUCAUCCAAACAUUGAUUCUGCUGGAAGGAUUUGUCUAGAUGUUCUCAAAUUGCCACCAAAAGGUGCCUGGAGACCAUCCCUUAACAUUGCAACUGUGUUGACCUCUAUUCAGCUGCUUAUGUCAGAACCCAACCCUGAUGACCCACUCAUGGCUGAUAUAUCUUCAGAAUUUAAAUAUAAUAAGCCAGUCUUCCUCCAGAAUGCCAGGCAGUGGACAGAGAAGCAUGCAAGACAGAAACACAGGGCCGAUAAAGAAGAGAUGCUUGAUAAUCUACCAAAGGCUGAUGCUGAUUCUGAAGUACACAACUCAACACAGAAAAGGAAAGCCAGGCAGCUAGGAGGCAUAGAAAAGAAAUUUUGUCCUGAUGUUUAAGGAUUUGUCCUGGUCCAUCUUGUUAAUACAUCCUUUGCCAAGGUGGUCUAAUUUUCUUGCCUUCCUUGAAUGUUUUUCUUUGUAUUUGAUGACAUAA